UUAUAUGGUUUUAUUUUAUAUGGUUUACAUAUUUUUUCCACAAAUAGCAUAUAUUAUGUAAAUCGACUAUCAGCGGGAAGAGUUGUAUGUACCAUGAGGUGCUGCCAUGAGAUGCGCGUGCGAGUGAACGUCGCCAUUGUUUUCCGGUGCGCGCGGGUGUAUUCUUAUUGACAAUUAAAUUUCGUUACAUCUUUUAGGAUAGCUUAUGUUCUAAAGUUAUUUUCGCUCAUUAUAAUGUAUAUAAAUGAUGCUAAAUUGAUUAUAAGAUUUUUCAUAUAUCUAAUCUAUGAUUGUGUCUUAUGGCGUGUUACUGAUCACUGUGCAGCCAUCUUGGACGAGUCCACUCUGUCACCAACUGACACGCAUCAAAGAACUUGUUCUUGACAAUUGCAGAAGUACACAUAUAGUUGGUCUGACAGAUGAAUUUGUUGCAUUAGAAUCACUAAGUCUCAUUAAUGUGGGUCUUACCAGUCUAAAAGGCUUUCCAAGACUAUCAAGUCUUAAAAAGUUGGAACUUAGUGACAACAGAAUUUCUGGAGGUUUAAAUCUUCUUCAAUCAAGUCCCAAAUUAACUCAUCUUAAUCUUAGUGGAAACAAGAUCAAAGAUCUUGAUACACUUCAACCUUUAAAGGAGUUUAAGAAUUUGAAAAAUCUUGAUCUUUUUAACAAUGAAGUGACAAACUUGGAUAAUUAUAGAGAGAAAGUUUUUAGCCUUAUUCCCAGUCUUCGAUGUCUUGAUGGAUUUGACACAGAUGAUUGUGAAGUAGAUGAUAGUGAAGGAGAAGAUGAUGAAGUAAAUGGAAAUGAAGAUGGAGAUGGUGAUGCCAAUGAAGAAGAUAGUGAGGAAGUUUCAGAUGAAGAAGAUGAAGAAGAUUUUGAUGAUGGUGGUGUAGGAUUAGAAGCUGUAUACAAGGAUGGUCUUGAAGAUGAAAGUGAUGAAGAUGAUUUUCUUUGUGAUGAAGAAGAAGAAGAGGAUGACGAUGAUAAUGAAGAUGAUGAGCAAGAUGAAGAAGAAGAAUCGUCUCCUGCUAGAGGUAAGAAGAGAAAACAUGAAGACGGCGGAGAUUCAGGGAAUUAGAACCAUAAAGAGCAGGCUUCUGAUACUGUUGAAUGAGUGUAAAAUUCAUAUAAAUAAUAAUAAUUGAGAUGCAGAGUGACCAUCUGGGAAUCAAAUUAAUUGACCGACCAAUGACAGACUACAGUUAGUGGUGUGAAUAUAUCAUUAAAUCAUUGACUGACAAAUUGUCUGUGGGAUAACAAAAGAAUACCAUUGAAGAGGAAUGUGAAUGAAAAUGAAAAAGAGGAUAAUGAUGGCAUAAAAUAGGACUGCAUUCCAGCUGGACACAGCGCGUUUUAGUUAUACUAACGAUAUUUUAUAUAGAGUAUAUAGUUAGAAUAUUAGUGGUGUUGCAUAGUGGGUGAAAGAUCAGAUAUUGAAAGACUCGGAAAAAAGCAACAGUGAAGUUUUACACUUGAAGGAGCAUAUUUGUCUGUUAGCUCCAGUCGGCCAAAGGCUGGUCACGCUGGAAUGCAGUCAUCGUUAAUCAGUACUAAGGUUACAUAAGUUACAUUUUAAAUACAUUAUUAUUGUACCAUGAAUAAGUAUAGAGUAAAUGAGGAACAACUUUUGUACAGGUUUACACCAUACAUUGAGGUGCAUUACGCCUCUGUGAUUUUUGGGACAGAAAAUAAAGAGAUAAAUAUAUGUUGCUCAUACAUUGAGCUUAUAUCUAUGAAAGACAUAUUAAGAUAGGAAUUUACAUCAUAA